AUGGAGGUCCGUGUUAACAGCCUCGCAGGGCAGCUUUGCUGUUUGCGCGGAGAGAGCGAGUGGCGUGCUGCUGACGUCAAGCGAGCGCUGGAGGUGAGCCUUCGUGUCCCUUCGGAUGAGCAAAGGCUCAUCCUGGGCUGUGUCGAACUUCAGGAUCAUGACCUCUUGCAAGAUCCCGGCUGCAUACGCGAUCUUGACUUAACCUUGAUUCGACGAUCAACAGCACAUGCGGAGCUUCUGCGGCUUGUGCGUGGAGGGACGCAGACCCUCAGUCGAAAAUGGCUUGCACGUAUGCCGGAGAUAGUCCGUGGAGAUUCCGAGAUAGUACGAGAAGUAUUGCGCAGAGAUGGCGUGGCUCUGGAACAUGCCACAGAGGAGCUGAGGGCAAAUCCGGAGAUGGUAUUGGAAGCUGUACGCCGCAGUGGCUUUGCCUUGGAAUACGCGGCAGCCCGACUUCGAGAAGAUCGCAAAUUCGUGCUGAAAGCAGUUCAGGUCAACGGCUUCGCGCUCGCCAGGGCAUCGAAGUCUUUACAAGCUGAUCCCGACAUUGUACUAGCAGCGAUAAAAGAAGAGGGUGCGGCCUUCGAGUAUGCUGCUGAGGAGCUGAAAAGCGAUGCCGAGUUUGCUUUGGAGGUGGUGGAGACGGGAAAAAGUGGAGUCUUGGAGCACAUUUCUGCUGAGCUCUGGGAAGAUCCCUGCUUCGUUUUAGCAGCGGUUUUGAAGCUGCCAGCGGCCUUGGAGCAGGCCUCGGAGAUCCGAGCGGAGCCGACCUUCGUCUUGGAGGCCGUCGCCAAAAGCCCCGAGGCGCUGCCCUACGUUGCACAGGAGCUUUUCGAGGACCCCGCCUUCCUUUUGAGGGCCAUCACACGCAACCCUAAAGCCCUGAGCUAUGUGGACAGAGAGCUCGCCUUGGAACCCGCCUUCGUUUUGACCGCCUUGCGAUGUAACGGCGAGGCCUUGCGCUUUGUGUCGCCCAAUUUGUUGAAAGAUACCCGCUUUGCUCAACAAGCCUUGGCCGCGGCUGGGUCCAAGGUUUUGGGGAGCAUGCCAGAGGAGUUUUGGCAAGACAAGGACCUGGCUCAAGCUGCCCUGCGUUCUGAUGAAGCAUCCAUACAAAGGGUCCCAAAGAAAUUUUGGACAGACCGUGACUUCGUACUCAAGGCAGUUCGCUGGCAACCCUCUAUACUCAACAUGAUUGAGCCGAACCUGCUAAAAGACAAGGCCUUUAUCCUCGCAGCUGUUCAGCGCAACUCAACAUGCAUCCGCUACGUGUCUGAAGAACUGCUGAAGGACCGAGCCUUCAUUCUUGAAGCCCUCGAAGUCCACGGGUCCGUGCUGAAGCAUUUGCCCUAUGACAUGCGCACCGACCGAGCACUCGUUCUGGCCGCACUUCAAAAGACUGGCUUCGUGCUUGGAUUUGCUGACGACAUACUUCGGACGGACAAGACCUUCGUGCUGGAGGCCGUGAAAACGAACGGUUAUUGUUUGAUUGGAGCCCCGGAUUCAAUGAGGCAAGAUCGUGACGUUGUCCUUACCGCUGUGAGGCAGCAGGGUUUGGCCCUCGAAUUCGCGGCAUUGGAACUCCGUGGCGACGCCGAUGUCGCUCUCGCGGCCCUCGAGAGCUGCCCAGGUCCGCUUGUGCAUGUCGAGAAGCGCCUUUGGUCAGAUCGUUCCUUCGUACUGAAAGCUUCUGAGCGGCAUGGAUGCGCACUUGAGCAUGCGGACGAUGCAUUGCGUCGGAGCCGCGUGUUUGUGCUUGCAGCCUUCGAGCUUAACCCAGAAUGUCUGUGCUAUGCGCACGAGGAGCUACAAUCUGAUCGUGGCUUCAUGAUUGAAUGCCUCAUGCUGAAUCCGCAUGCAUUGCCCUUUGUGCCUGCAACAAUGCGAAUUGACGUCUCCUUCGCUGCGGCUGCAGCUGCUGCGACACGCGCGCCUCCUGCUCAGCCUGACAUCUCACCAGGUCCUUCCGACAUGCCCUCCCCAUCGUGGUGA